AUGCAAUUUAAAGCCAAAGGUAAUCUAUUUUUGAUUGCUUGGAGACGAAGAUCUUCUCAUGAAUACAAUUAUUUAGAACUUCGUUAUCAUUUUGGUGGAGGUUUUUCACUUGAAUUUCAAACUUCUAAAACGUUACAUCCCUUACUUCGUGGUUACCUUAAAGAUGUUCCCGAGUCUAUUAAGUGUUAUGACAUUACGAAUACUGAAAUAUUUUGUGAGGAAAAUUUAGUCGCUCAUUCCGGUUCUCAGUUUCAAGUUUAUUUUCCACAAAAGAUUUAA